AUGUGGACGGCGGUGGAAGCGACCCCGAAGCGCUACGGAGUUGUGCGAUUCAUGGAGGCUCCGGAGCAUCUCGGCCCCGGAUUGUGCAUCGCCUUCGCCACCGGUCUCGACGCCCUCGAAGAAGAUGUCAUCGGGCUCUGCGUGCUGCCGACGAAACCUUACAAGAAGCGACGCCCUGGCGUACUCAUCGACUUGCCCGUCAUCGGCAAAGCCAACCAAAUCCACUUUUCGUCCUAUUUUAGGCUGUUUCUUGCUAAUGCGACCCUGGUGCAGUUCGAAUUCCCGCAGGAAUGCUUCGGCAACCAGUUUUGGUUUUCGCUGAACAUGAAAAUGGAACGUGCCGUCAGCAAUACUGGAGUGCUGUGGGACCCGGAGCUGCUCAGAUUUUUUGAUCAUUUCAAGCCCAAGGCGUUCAUCUAUUCAAGUGUCGUGCAAAUUAUUGCUGGAUCGCCCAAGACGCUGGCUCCGUUCUUUCAGCACCCAGUCGUGCGCUCGUUCGAGAUGCUGCACAUCAUGUUCAAUAUGGACGGGUUCAAGGAGCUUGAGGGACUUCAAGCAAAAGAUUUAUUCAUCGGCGUCGCCAGCCAGUCAACGUCUGUGCGCCAGCGGCGGAUGAAGGAGUUUUUGUGGAGAAAGAUUAAGGGUUGGUUGGCUGGGACGGACGAGAUCCGCAAGAUCCAGAUUUGGACAGGGCUGCACGGCGGUUUUGCCCACAUUUUUGAGAAUCUGACUCACAAGCUUUCACUGCUGUUGACGCCCGAACAAGGUUGGAUCGAUCGGACCUACGAUGGAAUGCAUCUGAUUCUCAGGGCCAGCGAUGGAGAAACGCUGCUCGUCUUUUGGGACACCUCGGACAGCUGCUUCUACUUAUUGGCUUGCAACUAUAAUUUCAGGAGGGGUCGGUGCCUCGGAAGUUAUCAGCAAAAUCAGACGUCUCUUUACAAGAUCCGCAACCUGUUGGCCCUCUACGAUGCGCAAAAUGAGGAUCUAUCCGACCGCGUCAAAGCUAGGCUGAAGGAGGAGUGUUGGAAGUUCAACAAAUACAACAGGGACGCCUCCGAAAUGGAUUUGACGCUCGAUGCCAUUUGGCGGCCGAAAGGAAAGCGCCACUCGCCCUGGAGACUGAUGGGGGCCAACUGUGUGCGUGAUGGGAUUUAUCCACUACACUUCGAACUCCGGCACGCCUACCAAUUCACGAAAGCCUACGAGGCAAGAGGCGUCCUACCCGAACCCCACGAGUUCAAAAGCGCUACCGACGAAGCCAUUGCGCUGGCGAAAAUUGUCUUACCCCAAUUCUAUCUU